AUGACCACAGACGGCAAGAUAACCACAAUAACCCAUAGUGCCACGACAGAAACUGAGACCAAGAGUGAAUCCACUACCACCACUGAGACCACAUCCACCAUCACAGUCGGCCUGGUAGUUGGUACUUACACCGCGUUUGCCGAACCUACGAGCUCAUUGGGUACCUCAACGGUGGACAUUACAAGCCUGUCAAUCGCCACACUUCAGUCAAAGCUCUUCUCGUCUCUUUAUUCCGGCAGCCUGUACACCACAACCACGUCCACAUCGACAACUUCCACCUCAACGACCUCUAAAUCUACAUCAACCACCACAUCAGCUUCGGCUACACCGUCAGAGCGGUUCAUUAUCACACUCACCGAAGAUGACAACGAGCUUGGCAACCCUUACAUCUAG